UGGUCAGAGUGCAGACCUUGGUUCCCUGGUCAGAGUGCAGACCUUGGUUCCCAAAGCCGCUGAGGUAGAGAGCUGGCAGAAAACCCUGCAGCGGUGACAGAGACUCGGGGACAUAGCUGGCAUAAGACAGGAGCGGGAGAGGCGGAGCGCAGCGGAGGAAAGUGACAGGUGCUGUAGCGCUGCAUAUAGACUUGCCCCUGCUCCCAGGUAUUAGGAGUGAGGAGCCUCUGGAUCCGUGACAGCAGCAGUUAGAGAGGCUCUGUGGAGUUGUACUGAUUCCUACGCAGCUGAGGCAGAGCUUUAUGUGAGGUGUGCCGGGGGCAGAACCGAACCGCUCAGCCAGUAGGAAAGGCGCAGGAGGAGUCGGGGGAGUAUCCUAAGGCUAGGAAGAUUUCACAGGAGGUAUCAUCCGUCCGUCUAACACAGGGGUGGCCAACCAGUCAGAGUCAAAGAGCCAAAAAAUCUUGUUAGAUAAUCUAAUUUUUUGAAAGUGAAUGAAACAAACAAAGUGGACGCCAGUAACUCAGCAAACGCACAGAACCAGUCUGGCUCAUUGAGGCACAUUAACAUCUAUGAAUUCAUAUAUGUGAUGAUGUCAGACAUGAACUUAAACUGGACAACAAAUGUCAGUUUUGAAACUUCUCUGUCAUACAUGGAAAAUGACGGCUCACAAUUCAAAGAACCUGUGAUGUCGAGACAAGCACAUACAGUGGUGGCCAUCUUUCUUGGAAUUAUACUUGUUUUUGGCUUCCUAAACAAUUUCAUAGUGUUGAUUCUCUUCUGCAAGUUCAAAACCCUAAGAACCCCAGUCAAUAUGAUGCUAUUAAAUAUCAGUGUCAGCGACAUGUUAGUCUGUGUGUCUGGUACAACUUUGAGUUUUACAUCCAACAUUCAAGGCCAGUGGAUUGGAGGAGAAUAUGGCUGUCAGUGGUAUGGUUUUGUCAAUUCUUGUUUUGGCAUUGUUUCGCUCAUCUCAUUGGCUAUCCUUUCAUAUGAACGGUACACUACUCUGACUUUAUACAACAAAGGGGGUCCAAAGUUCACGAAAGCUCUGCUUGCUGUGUGUAGCUCCUGGAUUUACUCCCUGAUAUGGACAGUGCCACCUCUCCUUGGAUGGAGCAGCUAUGGGAAGGAGGGAGCAGGGACCAGCUGUUCGGUGCGCUGGACUUCCGAGUCUACAGAAUCAGUUUCCUACAUUAUCUGCCUUUUUAUUUUCUGCUUGGUCUUACCAGUUCUCGUGAUGGUAUAUUGCUAUGGAAGACUUCUUUAUGCUGUAAAACAGGUUGGAAAAGUAAGAAAAUCUACAGCCCGGAAGAGAGAAUACCAUGUUCUGUUCAUGGUGAUCACCACAAUCAUCUGCUACCUUAUCUGCUGGCUUCCUUAUGGAGUGGUGGCUUUGCUUGCUACGUUCGGGAGACCUGGAGUGGUGACACCAGUUGCGAGUGUUGUACCAUCAAUUUUGGCCAAGAGUAGCACAGUAUUUAAUCCAUUAAUCUACAUAUUUAUGAACAAGCAGUUUUACAAAUGCUUUCUUUUACUCUUCCAUUGUCAUCCUUCUUCUCCGAUUAAUGGAAAAUCUUUAUGCCAAUCAAAUCUAACUGUUGUUCAACUAAACCAAAGACUCACCAGCACUUUAGAGGCCCCAAAACUAACACAGAUACCGGGUGAUGCUGAGAAGGUUCCGUGUAUGCAAGACAAGGAAACAUCUGACCUUACUCCAAACUCAAAAGAAAAUUCUAUUUUAUGAAGACAUAUAACGAUUAACCUUUUACCUCCACAAUUAGGUAACAUUAUUUUAUUUGAAUUGUGUAAAUGAAGAACAUGGAGGAAAUGUACUAAAUGAAAAAAAUUAGGUAGUAGUAUUAGAAAAAGAAGAAUCUGUUUUCACCUCAAACUGCAUGCUGUUUAUUGCAAACCAAUGGGGUAAAACCAGAUUUCCCCCUUAUAAGACAAAAAAAGGCUAUAAAAAAAUAAAAUAAAUAUAUAUAUAUAUAUAUGUAUAUACACACACACACACACACAUAUAUACAUAUAUAUCACACACACACACACACACACACACACACACACACACACACACACACACACACACACACACACACCACACUAGUUGCCAGACUUUAAAAUGAUGGAACAACAUAACAGUAAUGUCAUUGCCAGUGGCUGUGCGUGCCUGAACGGAGCAACACUUGAACUCCUCCGUUGGGUGCAAUGUAGUGGCUGCCGGGGCACAGAACAGUUGAGUUCCCCACAUAGAGCUGCGUUAGCCUUUAUUAUAUAAGAGAUUUAUAUAUGUGUAUAUAUGUAAACAGUAUACGGCACUCUUAUUGAUAAAAUGUAUAUUUGCCCCGUUGCCCUCAGUUUUGUACUGCGUGGCAGUGAUAAUACAAAAGCUCUAUACGGCGGCACUCAGGAAAAAAAUCAGCCAACACCAGUUUUAUACCAUGUCAUCGUUUCAAUGCUAUAAGCAUUUUCAUCAGAACAUCCUGAUGAAAAUGCUUAUAGCAUUGACACGUUGACAUGGUAUAAUAAUAAAACUUGUGUUGGCUGAUUUUUUUCCUGAGUGCAUAUAACUGAAAAUAAAUAGUUAUGAGUGCCCUCUAGAAUUUAGAAUUCGGGGCUUUUAUUUUUUCUCCAUAGUGCAGUGUUAUAAAUUUUGGUCUCUUCUCCUCUGUUAUUAAUUCACCGUAAUUCAUAUGGCUAUACAUGUACAAAAACUCUCAUACACAAGUGUACUGCUCCAAGAAGCUCCCGACAUGAAAUGACUCAAUACAUGGGAAGCCCGUCUACUUAACAGAUAGGCUGGCAAUCAGGAAAGGUCUCUUAUUUCUUAUGGAAGAAGGCAUGAAGUUUGAACUAUGUUGCCUUUUACAGCCACCUCUUUAUUUUUGUUUCACGGUGGUGUUUCAAGCUGGUUAUCUUACUGGUAUCGGCUUGUAAUGUGCAGCUUAAUCAACUUAGAGAUGUACUAAGUGAAAAGAUGGACAAGUGAGGUGAGCAAGUGGAGAAGUUGCCCAUGGCAACCAAUCAGCAUUGAAGUAACAUUUGCAUACUAUAAAAAUCAUACAGGGCAGCUGGUUUGUUGCCAACUUCUCCAGUGACUCACUUCUCCACUCUUUUCACUGCUUAGUACAUCUCCCCUAUGUUUUGUAUUUUUAACCUAAAAAGAAAAAGAAAAAGAAAAAAUUCCAGUGGCUCUGCUGUUAGUAAAUUUGCUGUAGGUUUGAAAAAGACCCAAUUUUACUAAACUACUCAUUAGUAAAUGUCCACCUGUAUUUUAUUUGAAAUGACAAUGCUGAUCUAAGUCCUUAAUUGUGUACUUGAAUACAUUAUGUAUGUGUAUACUGUACUAGUGAAUGAUAUAUGUAUGAGUAUACGUUAGGUGGUUAUGCACUGCUACACUUAUAGUAUGUGAUAAACAACUACUGAUAAAAGAAACACAUUGUUUGAAUGUGUCUCUCUGUCCACUGUGGAAGACAAACUCAUGCUAGUUAUUGAAGUGCAUCUGUGCAGACGCUAAGCGCCAACAUUUCACGCCUGCAGUUCUACAUGGGAAAACGCACGCAAAAAUAAAA